GACUCCCAGCACGCCUCGUACUGAUUCGUCGCCUGUGAGAGGAAAGCGGCUUCUCUUCAGCGAAGCAGGCCGGAGAGGCAAAGAACGACCCGAGGCGGCUGCAAAGGAGGGAGACUCGCAGCUGGUGGCUCGGGGAGAGGCCUGGAGUCAUAUAGGUUUUGUUGGAUAACAGCAAUCCAGCAGCAAAAUGCUUCUUGCCUAAUUUUAUUGUGGAUUUCAUUUAAUCUAUUCAAAAUGGAGUACAGGACUCAGCUGCUGAAUCCUGAGUGACUGGAUCUUUUAAUCAAAAGAUGGAGAAGAAACGUAGAAAGAAAUGAGCCUGUUUCCGGGGCUUCUUUUGAAAAGACAAUGAAGGCACGGCUUUUAUUUAUCUUGGACAAAACCUUAAGACUAUCCACUUAGCACUUAAAAAGACGGUUUUCUGGAAGGAAAAAAAAAGGAAAAAGAAGGAAAGUGAGACCUGAUCCAUGGCAAAGCAACAUAUUAAUUGAAUCCAUGCAAUUUGGGAAAUGAAACCGCAUUCUUUCAGGAACAUGAGGCUUGCAAACAUCUGGUUGUUUCUGGCUGCAAUCUUACUGUGUGGCAAACAGUACCUGACAACCAAACCCGGCAAUUCUUCUCAUGAAAGUCACCUGUGUCCUGAAUGCUCUCGUCUGACCCUGAAAGUGGAGUUCUCUUCUACAGUCGUGGAGCAUGAAUACAUUGUGGCUUUCAAUGGCUACUUUUCAGCCCAAGCAAGAAGCAAAUUUAUUUCAAGGGCACUGAGAAGCAGCGAAAUAGAGAACUGGAGGAUCGUGCCUCGUAACAACCCAGCCAGUGACUAUCCCAGUGAUUUUGAGGUGAUCCAAAUCAACGAGAAGCAGAAAGAUGGCGUACAAACUCUUGAAGACCAUCCCAAUAUCAAACGAGUUACCCCCCAAAGAAAGGUCUUCCGCUCACUAAAGUACUCUGAAACUGAUCCGGCGUUCCCCUGCAAUGAUACCAGAUGGACACAAAAAUGGCAGUCAUCUCGACCUCUGAGAAGAGCAAGUUUGUCUUUGGGUUCUGGAUUUUGGCAUGCGACAGGCAGGCAUUCGAGCAGGCGCUUGCUGAGAGCGAUACCACGACAAGUUGCUCAGACACUUCAAGCUGAUGUCCUCUGGCAAAUGGGCUUCACAGGAGCUGGGGUGAAAGUGGCUGUCUUUGACACUGGGCUGAGCGAGAAACAUCCUCACUUCAAAAACGUAAAAGAGAGAACAAACUGGACAAAUGAGAGAACAUUGGAUGACGGUCUGGGUCAUGGGACUUUUGUAGCAGGCGUGAUAGCAAGUAUGAGAGAAUGCCAAGGUUUUGCUCCAGAUUCAGAGCUGCACAUAUUUCGAGUUUUCACCAACAAUCAGGUCUCAUACACUUCUUGGUUUCUGGAUGCCUUUAACUAUGCCAUUUUGAAGAAAAUAGAUGUAUUAAACCUUAGUAUCGGAGGACCCGACUUCAUGGACCAUCCCUUUGUUGACAAGGUGUGGGAACUGACAGCCAACAACGUGAUCAUGGUUUCUGCUAUUGGCAACGACGGCCCUUUAUAUGGCACACUCAAUAAUCCUGCUGAUCAAAUGGAUGUGAUUGGUGUGGGCGGCAUUGACUUCGAGGAUAACAUUGCUCGGUUCUCGUCAAGGGGAAUGACCACCUGGGAACUGCCCGGAGGUUAUGGCAGAGUCAAGCCAGACAUCGUGACCUAUGGCUCUGGAGUGAGAGGUUCUGGCAUGAAGGGUGGGUGUCGCUCGCUCUCUGGGACCAGCGUGGCCUCCCCUGUGGUGGCCGGGGCAGUCACGCUUCUGGUGAGCACAGUUCAGAAGCGUGAAAUGGUGAACCCGGCUAGCAUGAAACAGGCCCUGAUUGCCUCGGCUCGCCGGCUUCCGGGAGUCAACAUGUUUGAGCAAGGCCAUGGCAAACUGGACCUUCUCAGAGCCUAUCAGAUUCUCAACAGUUACAAACCACAGGCCAGUUUGAGUCCAAGCUAUAUCGACUUGACGGAAUGCCCUUACAUGUGGCCUUACUGCUCCCAGCCUAUUUACUAUGGAGGCAUGCCAACCAUUGUGAACGUUACUAUCCUUAAUGGAAUGGGAGUCACCGGAAGAAUUGUGGAUAAGCCUGAAUGGCAGCCCUAUUUGCCCCAGAAUGGAGAUUACAUCGAGGUGGCUUUCUCCUACUCCUCUGUCCUGUGGCCCUGGUCGGGAUACCUUGCCAUUUCCAUCUCUGUUGCAAAGAAAGCGGCUUCUUGGGAAGGCAUUGCGCAUGGACAUGUCAUGAUCACCGUCUCCUCUCCAUCAGAAAAUGAGUCAAAAGCUGGCGUUGAACAGACUUCCACCGUGAAACUUCCCAUCAAAGUGAAGGUGAUCCCGACCCCCCCUCGCAGCAAGCGCGUCCUGUGGGAUCAGUAUCACAACCUGCGCUACCCGCCGGGAUAUUUUCCAAGGGAUAAUUUGAGGAUGAAGAAUGACCCCUUAGACUGGAAUGGUGAUCACAUCCACACCAACUUCAGGGAUAUGUAUCAACACCUGAGAAGCAUGGGAUAUUUCGUUGAAGUCCUGGGUUCACCGUUCACCUGUUUUGAUGCUAGUCAGUAUGGGACCCUGCUAAUGGUGGACAGUGAAGAGGAGUAUUUUCCCGAAGAGAUCACUAAACUGAGAAGGGAUGUGGACAAUGGACUGUCUCUCAUAGUAUUCAGCGAUUGGUACAACACUUCGGUGAUGAGGAAAGUCAAAUUUUACGAUGAAAACACAAGGCAAUGGUGGAUGCCUGAUACUGGAGGAGCCAAUAUUCCGGCCUUAAACGAUCUUCUCUCAGUCUGGGGGAUGGCUUUCAGCGACGGGCUUUAUGAAGGGGAUUUUACCAUGGCGAGUCAUGAAAUGAACUAUGCCUCGGGAUGCAGUAUUGCAAAGUUUCCAGAAGAUGGCAUUGUAAUUGCGCAGACUUUUAAGGAUCAAGGUCUUGAAGUUUUGAAGCAGGAAACGGCAAUAAUUGAAAACGUCCCCAUUUUGGGCCUUUUCCAAGUUCCUUCGGAAGGAGGAGGCAGAAUAGUUUUGUAUGGCGACUCAAACUGCUUGGAUGACAGUCACAGGCAAAAAGAUUGCUUUUGGCUGCUUGAUGCUCUCCUUCAAUACACAUCCUACGGCGUGAUGCCUCCGAGUCUCAGCCAUUCGGAAAACAGACAACGGCCUCCGACGGGGGCAGGCUAUACUCUUCCGGAGCGAAUGGAAGGUAACCAUCUUCAUCGAUACUCCAAGGUCCUCGAAGCUCACCUUCGUGAUCCCAAACCCCGCUCCCUUCCGGCGUGUCCUCAUUUGUCCUGGGCAAAACCACAGCCUCUGAAUGAAACUGCGCCCAGCAACCUUUGGAAACAUCAAAAGUUAUUGUCGAUUGACCUGGAUAAAGUGGCAUUACCGAGUUUCCGCCAGAGUCGACCGCAAGUAAGACCUUUGUCGCCGGGAGAAAGUGGAGCAUGGGAUAUUCCAGGAGGGAUUAUGCCUGGACGCUACAACCAGGACGUGGGGGGGACCAUCCCUGUCUUUGCCUUCCUCGGCGCCAUGGUGGUCCUGGCCUUCUUUGUGGUGCAGAUCAAAUCAAAGAGCCGGCCGAAGAGGCGCAAACCCCGGGUCAAACGGCCCCAGAUCAUCCAACAGAGCCACCCACCAAAGACGCCGUCCGUUUGACCGCCGUUGCCAAAGUCAUGGACUUCUUUUGUUGACUGCUUCACAUUGACUGCUAAUGAAGACUGGCUGCGGCUGGCGUUUGGUGACUCCCGCACACAACUUCUUCCUUUUGUUUUCGGACAACAAAUUAACUCAGUGAAUCAUGCAUCUCCAAAUAAGGACAACAGUUUUUGUUUUCCCAGUAGCUGAACUCACCAAAGGCUCUCAAGCACUAUAUUUUUUAAAAUAAAAACAAUGGAUUGUUUGCUCUUUCUCCCAGAAAGGGAGGGAAAGGUAGCUGUUUUUUAAUUUUAAACUGACCAAAACCUUUCAUUAGGGGCUAUUUUCUAUAUUUAUUUUAGAAAAGACUGAGAGGAGAUCGCAGAACUGUUUCUUUCUGAAGGGAAUGCUGUUAUUUUCUAAGGCUGCGUCUUUUGAAGAGGACGAGAGAAAAACUGACACUUUGAGGGAUCCAGAAAAAGAAAUCAUGUCGGUGUAAUCCUUCCAUUUAUUUUUAUAAAGCAACUUACCAUGAUGUUUUUUUGUAAUUUUUUCAGCAUGAUUUCACCAUUGUUGGUGGAGAAAAAAAUUCAAUAAAUAUGUUACCUAUAUUGAAGCUGAGACAAGCAUGCA